AUGUCACCAGACACUUCCAAGAUAGUCACUCCGACCCAUGCGGCCAGUGGCAUCGCCGUGGCGCGAUCACAGCCUGAUAGCGCAACCACCACGGUCACUUCGGACGUCUCUACAGGUAACGAGGCUUGUGGUAGCAUGCGUGGGCGGACGCUUGAACGCGCGCUAAAUCGAAAGCUCGACAUCGCGUUACUUCCCUUGCUGGCGGUCUUGUACCUUUUUAAUGGGCUAGAUCGUGGGAAUAUUGGAAAUGCGCAGACACAGGGCUUCACUGACGACAUUGGCGCGGCUCCGGAUGAUCUGAACCUCGCUGUUUCCAUGUUCUUCAUCACUUUCAUCUUGUUCCAGCCGCCGUCGGCUGCAUUUGGAAGAUGGGACUUGGCAUUGGGUGCUGACUCCAUUAUUAGAGGCUUCGAAGCCGGUUUCUACCCUACCGCCGUAGCAUACCUAUCGUCAUUCUACCCACGCUUUGACAUCGCGGUCAGGCUUGCCGUAUUCUACGGGCAAUAUGCCGUGGCCGGUGCAUUCUCUGGCUCCAUUGCUUAUGCAGUCUUCCACAUUCAAAACGGAUUCAUGGUCGACUGGCAAUAUUUAUUUAUUAUUGAGGGAGCUGCGACGUGCGUCUUUGCUCUUAUCGCUUGGUGCUGGCUACCGGCUGGGCCAGGGACAGCCUGGGUCCUUGGCAAAGAUGAACAAAUCCAUGCAGUCACACGGAUCCAUUUUGAAAAUGCACUCUACGUUGAACACGAGUACGCGAGAAAUGGUAUAGAGAGGGAUCGCCUAAGCAGGCGGGAUGUUGUGGAGACAAUGAAAGAUUGGAAGCUGUGGUAUGUACUUGUCUGUAACAUAUGCACCAGUGUGCCAAACCAGGCAUUUUCAGUAUUCCUCCCUCUAGUUGUCCAAGGACUAGGCUACUCAUCCAUUCAAGCAAACCUAAUGUCCGUACCACCAUAUGUCUGCGGCGCUGUUGGCCUUUACUCCUUUGCCCUCAGCUCCGAUCGCAGAAUGGAGAGAGGAUAUCAUAUCGUCAUUGGAAUACUUAUUGGCAUGAUCGGCUUGGUGACGGUGUUCUUGGCAAACUCAUCUCGGGCCAAAUACGCCGGACUGUGUGUUUUUCUUUUCGGCAGCUACAUAUCUACACCCCUGACGGCUGCUUGGUUGAUCGAUAACACACCGGAGCCGGGGAAGCGUUCACUUGUCCUCGGCAUGAAUGGGUUUGGCAAUCUUGCCGGUGUGAUUGGAGCUCAAAUAUUUCGACGAGAAUAUGCACCAGACUACCAGCUGCCCUUCCGCAUUACACUCGGCUUUGUUGCCGCUGCGCUUGCUGGCUACUUAUCGUACCGAUCCACACUGGCAUCCAUGAACCGCGGCCGGGCGCGGAUUCGACAGCUGAAGACAAGCAGCGAAGUUGAUAGAGAGCGAACCGACCCGACCAGAUAUGCUGACAAAAAAUGGACAUUCACAUACGGACUGUAG